CCUCAACGUACCGCAUUUCAGUACAUAGAAUCUGUUCAUGUAACAUCAUACUUUCCUUGAUUUUUUAAUGCAACAAAUCGAGCACGAGACAGAAGUUUGGAAAGAAAAAUUCAAGACUGAAGAAAAGGAGUUAAACCCGUUGGAAGAGAUGGAGUUUGGUGUGGGUGAUGUAGCCCAAAUAUCAGCAGAGCUAGCACGUGUCGUGGAAAUAAUGAUGUCUCCCGACGUUCCACAUCAACAACGAUUGGAUGUUUACAAUGCCUGCGAGAGAUUCAAGGAGACCUCACCCCUUUGCGCUCAAUGUGGUUUAUAUCUUGCGCAAAAAUCACCAAAUAAGAGUUCAGUGGUGCGACAUUUCGGCCUCCAGUUGAUGGAGCACUGCAUCAAGUAUCGUUGGACCCAGAUAUCUCAGACUGAAAAGGUUUUUAUUAAGGAGAGUUCGAUGAAGCUGCUGCAAGAAGGAAUGGAGAAUGGGGGAUUGCAGGAGGAGACACACAUUAAAGAUGCCAUGUCUCGGGUGAUUGUGGAGAUGAUAAAGAGGGAAUGGCCCCAGCAGUGGCCCACCUUGUUGGCUGAGCUCAGUCAGGCUUGCACACGAGGAGAGAGUCAGACUGAGGUGGUUCUGCUCGUCUUUCUUCGUUUGGUGGAGGAUGUUGCCCUGUUACAGACACUCGAGUCCAAUCAGAGACGAAAGGACAUUUAUCAGGCCCUCACCACAAAUAUGGCUGAGAUUUUUGCCUUCUUCCUGAGACUGAUGGAGCAACACUUUUCGGAAUUCCAGAAGAAAACAGCACUCGGUAGUCUUACUGAAGCUUCUGCCCACAGUAAAGUUGUGCAGGUUGUUCUACUGACUCUUACUGGAUUUGUGGAGUGGGUUUCCAUUGUGCAUAUCAUGGCUGAUGAGGGUAGACUGCUGCAGAUACUCUGUGUGCUGCUGGGCAAUGCCACUUUCCAGUGCGCUGCUGCUGAGUGUUUGUUGCAGGUUGUCAAUAGGAAAGGAAAGACUGAAGAUAGAAAACAGUUGAUGAUUCUCUUUACCGAGGAGGCCCUUAGGUGUAUCUACGGAUCUGCUGCUGCACCACCUCCAGCGGUGCAGGAGAUGCAUGAGAGGCACUAUUUAUUUUUGAAAAAAUUGACCCAGGUUCUCACUGGGAUGGCAACUCAACUGUGCACCCUCUGGGGCAAGGACGAGCCCGCUAACCAAUCUUCCAUCCGGCCAGCGCAUUUCAAUUUAUUCCUGGACACAGUCCUCUCCUUCACUAUACACUCCAGCCUAACUCUCAACCACCUAGCCAAUACAAUUUGGAUAAUGCUCUUCAGACACGAACAAAUAAAGACUGACAGUCUCCUUCUGACCUACGUUCCCAAGUAUAUCGAAUAUACAGGACCAAAAUUAAUUAAAGUCGCCUAUCCGGUGAACCACAACCACAACAACGACUAUGGUACCAUCAACGGAAUGACAGCCUACUGCCUGAGUGAUUAUGACUCCGAAGAUGAGUUCCGAGUGUUCCUUCAUCGUUUCCGGAUGGAUCUGUUGGAGGGUGUACGCCAUGCAACGAUGGUAGCACCCUUGGUAACCUUCGCCUACGUUCAACACUGGUUGACAGCAAAGAUAACAAAGGGAAUGCUGAAUCUACGGUAUAAAAGCGAUCCAAAUGACCCUGAGUACUUGGAGUGGGAAGCACUUGCGCAGGCGCUUGACUCAGUAAUCUCCAGGAUUCUCCUUGUCAGUGAACGCCCAAGUGUGCAAAAUGGUCUCCAGCUCCUUGAACUAUGUCUCGGUUAUUCGCCAGACGACCCCUGGUUGCUCUCAGCACUUUUAUCCUGCAUCUCAGCGCUCUUUGUAUUUCUAUCAAUGUCCACUGGCUCAAUGGCAAUGCCAGGUGUUGCCAUACUGCCACGUGUACUUGAGAAAAUAUUCGCAGCACUUGUCUACGAAGGCCCUGAGGAUAGAAAACUUCCAGGACCUGGGAACCGUUCUAAAGCGACUAAGUGCGUGAGGAGACAUGCUGCCAGUCUGAUGGUUAAAAUUGGUCUAAAAUAUCCUCUUCUUCUUCUACCGGUUUUCGAGCAGAUACACACGACAGUCAAGGGAUUAAUGAGGACUUAUAAUGAUAGAAAUGAUGCAAAAGACAACUCCAGCCAAUUAACAAGAAUGGAGAGUGUGGUACUACACGAAGCUCUCUUAAUAAUCUCCAAUCAUUUCUGUGAUUACGAGAGACAGACUCGAUUUAUUGCUGAAACAAUUGGAGAAGCCUCACCAAGGUUCAUUGUCAUUGGUCUUGAGGCUUUCAAAGGACCUUUGGAACUGAUGAGAUUCGUAGGAUUAGAUCGACCAGCAGUAUCACCUGAAAACAAUAACAGUGAGGAAGAAAUAAUAAUUCAGAAUAGGGCAGACUUGAUGUACUGCCUGUCUACUGUCCUCAGUGUCGUCAAACGUUGCUCGACACCUGAGGAUCCUGAUCGAGCUGCUCGAGGAGGAUUCGUUGCUGCUUUGAGUGAAAGUGGGAACCCAGUAUACCGAAAUCCAGCUGCUCCACAUAUCAUCCCCAUUUUACCUACUUUAUUCGCUCUAGUUAAAGCCAUGAAUACAUUCUUCACACCAAGUGCACUGGCAUUAUUGGCAGAGGAUUAUAAGAAGGCGCAUGAUCUCCUGGAGUUCGAGAAAAUUCAUCUAAUGGGAAUCACUGUUUCCAAUAUGCAGGCCAACAAUCUCUAUCAACAGGCAACGGAACAUUCUAAUUCUGAUCAUAAUGAUCAAUCCUCAACUGCCCCUUUACCAAGAAUGCAACAGUUUCUAUCAACAAUCCAUGAUAACUGCUAUCACAUGCUUGGCAGUGGCUGCCACACUCUUGGCAGAGAUUUUUAUCAAUUACCUGGACUUGCACCAGCUCUACUCAACUCAGUCUUCUACAACAUGGAGCUCAUCCCUGAUUAUCGACUCCGUCCAAUCAUUCGUGUUUUCUUGAAGCCUUUUAUCUACUCAUGCCCACCAGCUUUUUAUGAGAGUGUACUGGUCCCCAUAUUGACACACGUAUCGACGCACAUGUGCCAGAGACUGAGUGCAAAGUGGCAGUACCUGACGAGGCUGCAUGAGGAGAGGUAUGGACAUGACGAAGAAAAUCCGACUGAUGCACAGGAGGUGCUUGAUGAUAUGCUCAAUAGAAACUUGACUAGAGACUUUGUCGAUGUCUUGAAGGUGACAUUGGUCGGGGGAACGACUAGUGAUGCUUCCCCUCCAGACUCUAGCAUGGAUGACAGUUCUGGAAUGGCUGUAGAUCAGACUACACCAUCUCCUGCUGUCAGGGGAAAUAGUAUUGUUGCUGAAGUUGUUAGUGAACUUGGGAGUUUUGUUCUAAGACAUCCCUCUACCUGUCACAGUAUCGUUCUUUGUGUACUUGGUGCGUUGUCUUGGAACGAUUCUAAUGCUAGCCUAAAAGCUACGAUGCUGACUGGACCCAUUGUCAGGGCACUGGUGGCUGAUGGAAGUUUAACUCCAGCUAUGGCUGCUCAUAUUAUGGUCGCAGUCCUCCAAGGACUCCAGUUACAUGGCCAACAUGAGGCUAAUCAGGGGUCGCUGAUAACUCUGGGGGCUCAAGUUUACGAGUGUCUCAGGCCUAAAUUUCCGAACAUUAUUCAGGUCAUGCAGCAGAUUCCUGGGGUCAAUCCUGCUGAUCUGCAGAGGUUUGAUGAAAAAAUGACGGUCAGCAGCAAGGGGAAUAAAGUGGAGAAGGGGAAGAAGGAGCUAUUUAAGAAAAUUACAAAUCAGUUAAUCGGUAGAAGUGUAGGCCAGUUAUUCCGAAAAGAAGUAAAGAUUGACAAUUUACCUCGUCUCGAAGUAAGUAAACCACCGCAAAUGCGGGUCGAUGAGUUAUCGAAGAACGCAGCAGAUACAGGUCUCACAGCACUUUUCGCUGGGCCCACGUAGCAGCAGCGUCUCAUUGACAGCCGUACUCUUCACGGUUGGUCAAACUCAAUCACAAACUACAAUCUAUUAUAAUUGUUGGCAGCAUGUCUAUUAUUAUUACGCUGCACAGUGUAAGUGAAUAAUAUGUAUGAACGUCGAACAGGGACAUAACAUUGUUUUUCUCUCAAGUGAUCGAAUCAAGUGAAAAAUUCUAGUACGAAUAAAAGGCUGGAAGAUGAAAAUAAAUUCCAGCGGAAACGUGUUCGGCGUCUACGCUGCGUUAUAAAACAUUAAAUGUUAGAUUUUUUUCUUAUUUAUUUUAUCAAAAAAAAAUCUCAAAUAGAUAAAUCUUCAGGAAAAAUUUUCAGUUAAAACCAUUGAGUUAUCAUUUGGGUAGAUUGUAGUAUUUCUAAUUGAAAUAAUCAAACUAAUUUUAAAAAGAAAAUACCACUUCUGUUUUGCUCCCAAUGCGGGACUAACGGAAAAGUAUUAAUCGCCACACUAUGUGAAGUCGGCAACUCCGCUAUCAAACACGAGCUAUAUCACGUGUUUGUUGCAGUUGUGCAUGAAAAGUCAUGCAUUGUUUUUUCUCAUAUAAAAGUAGCAAGCCUAUCACACUUGAUUGGAACGGAGACGUAUGUAUCCUCGUAUUUAAGGGAGGACAAUAAAGACUUCAUCAGAUAUUUGUCAAAACUGUCGCCGUCAGAAUAGAUGUCAAAUGCACAACAAGAUCCCAUAAGUGAUGAACAUUUUUUUUCUUCAGCAUAGUUAAGUCACUAGAUUUUGUAACGCGGUACAAUUGCAUUUGACAUUAGUUGAAAAAUAUAAUUUUAAAGUGAGUAUGCAGUACACCAUAUUUCAUUCCUCGAAUGUAGAUUCGCAUUUAUUAUUAUUAUUUUUUUUUGUUUUUAUAAAACUAAAAUUGUAUAGCUUUGUAAUUUUGCAUCUAUUUGACUAGAAGGAAUUAGAGGAGGCAAUUAUUUCAGAAAUCACUAGGUCCAGGGGAAUUUAUCGUGGGAUUUUUUGUGUGGCCAAUUAAAUUUUCUACAAAAGAGGUCUUUUGUCAAAUUCUGCUGGAGCUACUUAUUUUUUAAGUACCCAUCGGAUCUGUAUUCAAGUGGUCGAACAUCAUUAGUCUACAUAUCUCAUUCUGUUAAUUAUGAGUAUUUCUUGAGAAUGCGCGCUUUCAAUUUUCUUCAAGUUACAAAAAAAGGCUCCUAAAAUCAUUCGUUUCUGAACCUAUUGCAUGAUAAAUAAAAAUGUUCUAUGUGACAUAUUACGCUAGAAAUAAUUUGCAUGUCAUAUUCCAACGUAUCUUUUUUACUACUUCACCACCGAAUUGUGAAUUCGCAAAUUUAAAUUUUAAGAGUAACAGGAAGUAACUAGAGAUUUUAAAAAAAUGUAAAUUUAGCUUAUUUUAAGUUUCCGUGGGCUAAUUGCAUCAAGUCCCGUUAACCAAAUAAAUCGGCAGAAUAAAUUUAAUAGUGCAAAUAGUGAUUAUAAAUCAAUACACAACUUUUUUUAUUAAAUAUUUUCGAUGAACUUUCGUUCAAAAUUGAUCUGCAGAUUAUUUAUUUAUUCCGAUACCUAACUGAAGAUUUUCUUAAGGGUAUUAUGGUGGGGUCCAUAGCUGGAAAAAAAAGCAGAGAAUUCAAUGAAAAUUGCUGGACAGAUUAUUCGAUCCGUGCAGCACGGCCCAUAUCAAUCUGCUCAGAAAAAAACCCUUGGGGUGAAAUCAUUUGAAUAAAUUUAAAGAAUCGUGAAAUUAAUUUAAAGAAAUGAAAACAGAGAAAUGAUUCUUCAUCAGGUUUAUCUGUACAUAAUAAAGUUUAUAAGGGUAUUUGAAAUGAAUAAAAAUUCAUCAAGUAUGAAUGGAAGAAAAUGCUGUCAAUGUUUCAUCCACUGCUGUACAGUUGGUUCGUAAAGCUGCCAAUACAAUCAAGAAGACAAAACAAAAUGAAACGAAAAAAAAUUGUAUAUAUUGUAUUGUAAUAAAGAUGAGAUGUAAAAGGAAUAAACCAUACUGGAAACAUAAAAAGAAUAAAUUGUCACAAUUUUGUUCUCCACAAACGAUGACUUUAAUUAUCAUAUUCAUCCA